CUCUUCCAUAGUCAUCCGCCAGUCUCAUUUCGCAACCUACACGGAAACGAAAACUUCCCCGUUGCCCCAGUCCCUCGCAGCUCAUGUGACUGAGCACAUGAUCUUCGGAAAGGAGGAUGAUCAUAUAGAGCCGUGGUCUCCAAUCAAGCUGUACCUAGUUUACUGUUGGUCGUGUCUUGUUUAAGCUCUGCUGAUGGCGCGGUGUGUGGGUGUUUUGUGUUUGUUCUGUGCACUGGGCCUGGGCACUGUAGUGGCCGACACUCCGGCGAACUGCACUUAUCAGGACUUGCAGGGCACCUGGGUGUUCCAGGUUGGGCAGGAGGGGCAAAACAGAAAUGUUGACUGCAGCAAAAUGGGGCAUCCUGUGAAGUUUGUGACAGUACAUCUCCAUAAGCUUGAUGUUGCUGAAGAUGAUUUUGGGAAUGUUGGUUUCUUCACCUUAAUUUACAACCAAGGUUUUGAAGUAGUCCUUGGUGGUUACAAAUGGUUUGCUUUUUUUAAGUACAAGAAAGAAGGUUCAAAUGUAACCAGCUACUGUCAUGAAACACUUCCUGGGUCAGUGCAUAAUACGUUGGGCCAAAAUUGGGCUUGCUUUCUUGGAAAGAAGACCACUUGGAAUGUUCGAACUAAUAUUGUUCCUUCGGAUAAGGAUCUGUUGCAUUUGUCACAGAGACCCUAUAAGCCUAACUUGGAAUUUGUCAAAACAAUAAAUACUGUACAAAAAUCUUGGACAGCAAAGGUUUAUGAAGAGUAUGAAAAAUUCACCAUUCAAGAAUUGAUCAAGCGAGCUGGUGGUGUUAACUCAAGGGUCCCAAGGCGUCCAAGGCCUAUGCCAGUGUCAGAAGAGAUGCAAAAACUUGCAGACACUUUGCCAGAAUCCUGGGACUGGAGGAACGUUGAUGGAGUGAAUUAUGUUAGUCCUGUUCGAAAUCAAGGCAGUUGUGGCAGCUGCUAUUCCUUUUCUUCCAUGGGAAUGCUUGAAGCCCGUAUUCGUAUUCGAACAAACAACACACAGACUCCGAUCCUUAGCACUCAGCAGAUUGUUUCUUGCAGCCACUAUUCACAAGGAUGUGAAGGUGGAUUUCCUUACUUGAUUGCUGGAAAAUAUGCACAGGAUUUUGGUUUGGUUGAAGAACAUUGCUACCCUUAUGUUGGAAUGGAUACUCCUUGCACCAUUAAGAAGUCUUGCUACCAUUACUACACCUCUCAGUAUUAUUAUGUGGGUGGAUUUUAUGGUGCUUGCAAUGAAGCAGCAAUGAAACUGGAGCUGGUGAAAAAUGGUCCGGUGUCUGUUGCCUUUGAAGUUUACAAUGACUUCAUGAAUUAUCACAGUGGAAUUUAUCACCACACUGGAUUACAUGAUCCGUUCAAUCCCUUUGAGCUGACUAAUCAUGCAGUGUUGCUCAUUGGCUAUGGUAGUGACCCUAAGACAAAAGAAAAUUACUGGAUAGUUAAGAACAGCUGGGGAACAAAAUGGGGAGAAAAUGGCUACUUCCGAAUUCUUCGAGGCAGUGAUGAAUGUGCAAUUGAAAGCAUUGCUAUAGCGGCCAUUCCAAUACCCAAACUUUGAACAUAACUAAGCAUACUUCCUCGAAACAAAACUGAAAUAAAUUUUGAAUCUUGCUUUUACCUUUAGAAAUAAAGUUCUACAUAAGUGUGCCUUUAAAAAUAUUUCUAAAUUCAAAAUGGAGAUUCUGCUGCUCUCGGAACUGUCUUGGUAGUCUUGUUAAAUACGCUCAAAAUGAAGGCUGCUGCAUUUUUAUUAUUAACAAUGGUAACUUGUAACUGGCAGAAAGCUGUGCAAUGUGUUUUUGUCUUGGUGUGCAAUGUUGACUGUCUCCAGGCAUACCAAAUCUGUUUUGUAAUAAAUCAGGUGGGUUUUUGAAUCCGUUUAUGAAGACUGUAUUUCCUUGAUACUUCUGAGAACUGAAGUGCUGAUAUUGUGGUUUGAAUGAAAUUAGUUUUAAAGUUUUUUUUUAAAUAAUUGCCAUUUGAGACUUCAAAUGUUGAGCCAUCUCUUGUGAGGAAUGUGGCAUGACUUGAUCGAAUGUUGAGCAUGUUCUAGUAACUUAUUUUAUUGCUUGACAUGCAUGUCUGAACAUUUAAAAAAAAAAUCUUGUUGAGCUAACAGACUUUGAAAUUAAAAUCAAAAUUCCAAAUUUCUUCUACCUCCCUUACAGGCAGGGCUUAUUAUAAAGCACAUACAUCCAGAUUGAGAGUGUGGGUGAGUUUGCUCACUGAGCUGGAAGGUUAGUUUUCAGACGUUUCGUCACCAUUCUAGGUAACAUCAGUGAGCCUCCGGUGAAGCGCUGGUGUUAUGUCCUGCUUUCUAUUUAUCUGUUCAGGUUUCCUUGGGUUGGUGAUGUCAUUUCCUGUUCUUUUUCUCAGGGAAUGGUAGAAGGGCUCCAAAUCAAACACAUUGAUUUGGAGCCCAUCUACCAUCCUCGGGUU